GCAGUGGAAACUCAUAACAUCGCGGAGGUCAAAAUUGCUGUGCCUCUGCAGGUCAAGAUAAAUGCUACCUUCUCAGAAGAAUGUACUAAACCUACGUCGGAAACAUUUAAAGAAUAUACAGAAAAAUUCCAAAAAGCGCUGACAGAAAAGUUCAAGACUAUCAAAGGAUUCCAAUACGUUCUUGUCAAAAAUUUCACAAAGGGUAGUGUCGUUUGCAACUACGACGUCGUGUUUCAAGGAACUAACCUUACUGCAGAAGCGGAGAAAAAAGAUGAAGGUGUUGUCAUAAACGUCACUGUAGGUGACACCAUUUACCCACUGGAAAUCAAUGAGAGACAAAUCAAUGUCAUUUUCAGAAAAGUUGCACAAAACUUGGGAUGCCAGUAUGUUCUGAGCCCAUGUAGUAAGGAAUACGAGAAAAGGUGUGGUUCAGGCAACGUAUGGUGCGUUCGUCUAUGUAAUCAGCCCGAUGCAAUCAAUUGUGGUGAUCACGGUUCUUGCGUUUACGAUCAUGGAAUGCAGUCAACCGCGUGCAGAUAUAUCGAGAGCGACACCCAUGUCUUCAGUGGUAAAUUUUGCGAAGUGAGGGUUGCAAAAAAUAAGCAAGCAUCGGUGGAGAAACUUCAGCUAGAGUCCAAGUAUAUCGUUGCCAUAGCAACAAGCGUGAGCGGGGUUAUAAUGAUCGCUGCGGUGGUGGCUAUCGUGUGCUUGGUCUACAGGCUGAGGAGAAUGGCGGCGAAGGAUGGCGAUGAAAGUGAAGAGGACAUAGGGCUUGAUAAUCUGAGUAGAUUCAGUCGGACACCCUCCGAGAACAGUUACGAGAGGUUGAGAGGGCAGCGUACAACAAAACAGGCGAAUUCAAACGUCUCAAUUGGUCACUUCGGCAGGUCAGAGGUCAAACGGGUAGUGGAUGGUGUACAACACAAAGUGACAAAGGACGAAAAGGGAAUUGAGUUGUAUAUUUACCAACCAUGUGAUCUCGGUCGGCAGCGUCAAUCAUCCGUGUACACGUCUUUGUCAGAGGACAACCAACGCAGAACGGAAGUAACGUGUACGACUAUAUUGAUACCGAAACUAAGUAUCAAAUCCGCCGACCAAACGUCAGCAUCCGAGCCAUUCGCACCUGAGAACAUGCCGUAAAUGGUUUUGAAAACGAACGUAAAAAUAAGGGACACAUUUACGAAACCGCAUUGAUUUUUUAAUGAUUUUGAAUAACUUUAACGUUCAAAGGUGUAUAAAGGCAUAAUAAAUGAAAAUAAGUGAUCAUCCUCUUAAUUUAGGGUUUCACACAAUUCACAUAAGAUAUGAUAUUAAUAUAUUGUUUAUUCAAAUGUAUCAUUUAUGUUUUUGUGUGCGUGUAUUUU